AUGAGAGAUAUUGCAAGGCAUCAUGUUGCUGAUAUCAAUGAGCCGGAUGUACAACAAGUUCUUCCCAAUGGAGGGCCUACAUUUGAUUGGAAUAAUUAUGCAAUUCAAAGUUUUGGUAGUCAAUGGCCAAUUAAUGCUGACACAUGGUUACAAUCUAUAUCUGAAGAAGCAGAAAGAAAUGAAUUGCAGCUGGCUGAUGAUUGUACCUUACCCCAAAUAAACAUCUUAAAUGCUAAUGAAUUACAGAGAACAGUCAUUGGUAUAAAUCUUCAGCAUUUAUUGCAAGUUGCAAAAGGAACUUUGCCAACAGGUACCCAGCCAUUACGUUUAUUAAUACAAGAAACAGCUGGUGUUGGGAAAACAUUCAUCAUUACUGCGCUCACCAGAAUCGUUCGGCGUAUUUUUAAGCGAAAUUCUGCUGUUAUGAACUUGGCCCCAACUGGUGCAGCAUCAGUCCUCAUACCUAAUGGUCGCACUAUACAUUCAAUUACUCCACCACCACACAAACUGAAAAAAGAUAAGAAUUUAAAUUCUGUCCAGCUUUCUGACUAUCCGUUGGGUGAUGUAUCUCUAAGAAAGCUGAGAAAGUAUACAGGUAUGCAUGAAAACAAUGAACUGAAAUUAUUUCAACUUAAUAUUGAUGAACGUAGCAUGCAGUCGAAGCUUCUUGUGGCCUGGUGCAGCCAAAGAUUAAGGGAGGCUACGGGAGACUUUGAUAAUUAUUAUGGUGGUGUACCAGCUGUCAAUUUCUUUGGUGACCUUGGUCAGCUUGGACCAAUUCGUGCUUUGGAUCUACAUCAGCCACCAAAACACGAUGAUUCGACAAUCAACUUUGCUGGCUAUGCAAUCUAUCGCUCGUUUCAAGAUGUUAUUUUUCUUACAGAAACAAUGCGUCAAGGCCCAGAUCAGUUAGCUCUUUUGCAGCGACUACUUAGAAUACGUAAUGGAUCGAUCAAUCAACAAGACUGGCAAGAUAUAAAUAGUCGUUACGAAGAUGCUUUGCCACAAACCGAAAAAUGUAACUUUUCGCAUGGUCGCGUCCUUACAUUGAUGGAAACAUGGAAUGAAGUUAAUGAGGAAAAUCACAAUAAAUUAGCUAGCCUUGGUGUGCCUGUUGCUGUAAUUCCAUCAAGAGGCCGUGGUAAACACCACUCUUUGACUGAUAAGCAACUGGGUCAAAUACCGCUGAGAUCUUUAAUGGCAGUUGGUGCAACUGUAAUACUCACUAAGAACCAAAAAGGUCUUACGGGCCUCGGUCUUAAUAAUGGUGCGAUGGGAAAAGUAAUUGCAAUCCUUUAUUCGCCAAAUAUGUCACCACCUGAAUUUCCUAUAGCUGUCAUUGUCGAUUUCCCAAAUUAUAAAGGCCCAAUAUGGAUUCCAGAACAUCCAACAUGGAUACCAAUUACUGCUGUUGAAGGUCGAUGUGAAUCUAAUUGUUGCAGCAGAAAUGGCCUGCCAUUGAUGCCAGGAUAUGCGAUAACAAUUGCUAAAAGUCAGGGUAUGUCGAUUGGAGAUGGUAAAACUGCCACCCACAUGCGUAUCAAGUUACAACAAUCAAUUCAGAUGGAAAAAAAUAACCUUGGUACAGCUUACACUGCAUUUUCAAGAUGCGAAAAAGAAAGGAAUUGGGCACUUGUCGAGCCAAUUACUCAAGAACGUCUCUUGUACGUUAAUACACAUCCUCGUAUGAAAGCCAGACAAGAGGAAGAGCAACGGCUGAAAGCAUUAUCAAAUGAAACCAUCAAAAAAUUUGAUAUCACUAUAGUAAAGUAUAUUAACUUGCUGAAAGACCUUGACGAGUUUUGCGAUGAUGAUAUUGAAGAUGCAGUUUGUCCUUCACCAUCUGCAGAUUGCUCAUGUAUUAUAUGCACAUCUCAAUCAUAAUGAUAAUCACAACUGAAAUUAACCUAUGUUGCAGAUAAUAUACAUUAAAAAACAUUGUAUAUGUUCAUAUAUUUGUUGUGAAAUCAAUAUGCGAAGUAAAAUUUUGAUUUAGAAAAUAAACAAAAUAAAAACCGUCUGCCCAUGAAUUCGUAAUUAUUGGAUGUAAUAAGCCGAAGUCAAAUACUUGAUUAUAAUAUCAAUGUAUAGUAAGCUGUAUCCAAGAAUCAUGGUAAACAUUUUUAAUUCAACAGACAGAAUAGUUGUUUCUCAAAACAACCGUCUGCCCAUGAAUUCGUAAUUAUUGGAUGUAAUAAGCCGAAGUCAAACACUUGAUCUAAUAUCAAUGUGUAGUAAGCUGUAUCCAAGAAUCAUGGUAAACAUUUUUAGUUCGACAGACAGAAUAGUUGUUUCUCAAAACAACCGUCUGCCCAUGAAUUCGUAAUUAUUGGAUGUAAUAAGCCGAAGUCAAACACUUGAUCUAAUAUCAAUGUAUAGUAAGCUGUAUCCAAGAAUCAUGGUUAAAAUAAACUAAAAAUACAAUUUUUGUGUUUUUAUUUUUAUUUUACAAAUUAAGUAUCAUCAUCAUUGACUUUUGUAACCAAUGUCAGUAAAUCCUGAAAUGUCAAAUUUGACACUUUAAUAUUCCUCAAAAUCAGUACUAUGGAAAGACUUUCACUAUAUAACAAUGAAAAUAAUUUUUAACUGACCAUAAUGAUACUAUGAUCCCCUAAGAUAUCACACAGUCUUGAUUUCAAACCAUGAAGGAAAAAACCUAAAAAUUAUGUGAGGACAUUAAGGAGAUAUAUUGGUGAGGAUAGGUCCGGUUGUAAGGGGAUGGAGGAGACCGGCAAUUAAUACCUUAUGCAUACAAAAUUUUUGUGGUGCUGGCCCAAAAUGCUAUAUUUUUAGAUGACUUCGUUUUCCAGAAAUAUGAGAAAUAAAUUUUUGCACAUGCCAAAAGAUUAGUAAAGGUAUUCAGAAAAAAGUAUUUUCAAAUGUGAAACAAAGAACUCAAUGUCUGAGGUUUAGGUUUGAAGUACGAACAAAUAGAACAUUUUUACGGAUAAGAGAUUUUAAAUUUUUCACAGAUCUUAGUUUUGCGGUUUUCAGCCAAAUCCACAAAAAUAAGUUAUACGCAUAAGGUACAAUCAGUUAAAAAGGAAUCAAAUUAGCACCAAAUAUUUGAAAAUUAAUGUAUUUUGUAAUUUCACUGAUACUGUACACUUCCUGUUCCUUUGUUGCUCGCUUUUGUCUUUUUCCUGUUUUCAGGUACUAUAAAAAAAAUUCCAAGGAAUUUGUAGAAGACGUUAGCAAGUUUUUUCAAAUUCUAAUGGAAGAUAUAACGUGGCAGUUAUUUUAAAUGAAAAACAACCAGAUAAGUAGCUCUUAUUAAUUAAUUUUAUAUUUCAUAGGUGGGACUGCCAUUUUCAUUAUGUAAUGUAAUUUUUAAGUUAAUUUAACAAUUUUGGAACCACACUCGUUUCAAUUUCACUUCUGUAUAAAAUGUGACAUUAUUAAGAGAUUGUACCGCAAGUGAAUUUUUUUUUAAUUUUUCAUAUCAUUAUUUUUCAUAACUACUCUUUCACAGUGAGUUAGGACGGCCAAAUGAUACUUGUCAUGUCAUUUAAUUUUUGGACUGCGCAAUUCAUAAUGUAAAUUUGUAAAUCGUUUAGGAAAAUUCUCUACACUAACAAUGGUAUCCAUGACGCACCCUGGCAAUGGUAUCAAUGAAACAUACAUGAAGGAUUUAUUUGCAAAACAAAAAAUAACAAAAAAUGGAAGGUCAAAUUGAAGGUCAAAUUGAUUGCCAACUUGUCGCGCUUUAUGGUAAAUUCAUCGAGCACCGUAUUAAACAUCCCGGGUCAACGGGGUACAGAUCGUUUGGCCGGUGGCUCAAGCAAGGUGGUGUGGAAUGGACGGAGGGGGAAGAUGCCACGGAAACAUCGCCAGACGUGGAAUUAA